AGUGCGUUUGUUAAAUUGUACGGAUGUUAUUUAAUUGUUAUGUUUCGUGUCGAAUUAAUAUCUACUUUUACUUUCUUCAUUAGUUCCUCAUAUACAAAGCUAGUACUGUUUUGCUUUUUUCCCUUUGAAUACUUAAUGCUACACAGUUUAGUGUUCUUUUUUUACUCGAGGAAGCAGCCGAAUCGCAUGCGCUGGUUCCGUAUCUAGGGGCGCUCGGGGUGUGUGGUUCUUAACGGUCCGCAGAUGUUGGGAGCGUAUAACGGGCCUAAGAAUGUUUUUAGAGCUCUAUCCACCAAACUAACCCCCUUAAACUCUCCGACCAGACGGCCGUUCUCUGUCCGGGUUCUGACCCCGGGCAGAGUAGGGGAGCUUCCGCGGUCAAUACUGCUACCAGACUCGCGGCGUUAUAACAAAGACGAUGGCUCAUCGAAGUAACCUACGACGACAAACUACGCCUGUUUCCGCGGGACGGACCAGCCAGGUGGGUCGGAAUACAAUACACUGCCGACCGGAUAAAUUUAGUGCAUUUACGUCAGCCCUAAACAGCAUAAAGAAUUUUCACAGAAUUAUAGCUGAAAUCAGUUGACAAAUUGUAAAAACUUAGCGAAUGAUCUUGUUCUCAUGCAAGAUGAUUCUAGUAACGCUCUCUCAUGUACGUAAACGAUAAGUAGGUACAUCUAGUGUACGGUGGAAUUGGUAAACGAUAUGUGUCUCGCUUUUUGCCGUACAUUUUAUCGGAGAAAUUCACCUGGAAAAUGGUUCGCGAUUAUUUUCAAGUUCAGUUACGUAAAUGCGCGUGCGGAGAAUUGGUGCGGAAUAGCGGAUGUUUGGUGGUGCUCGACGGUGAAGUGGUGCACGGUUAUAAGUUCUCACUAGCACUAGAGCUCGUCAGUCGUCGUUGGAUCAUCCUCACAUACGUUGAAAUCUAGUUUUAGUGUAGUGUGUGAAAGAACAAAACAACAAUGUGUACCACCGCAUUUCGGAUAUACGUCGUGUCAAUCAUUUGUGUGGUCAUCGCUUCUGGUCACGUUCAUGGACCUCGGAGAUCCCGCAGGAUGGAUGCCGAGGAUUACUCAGAGAACGAAAUAGAUAGUGGCAGAGCUGGGGAGAGCUCCUGGUGGCCGUCAGCCGAAUUUGCCGUCUUACAGAAAGUUUAUGAUGACUGUAGCUCUCAGAAACAUAUGUCACUGUGUCUCAAGGGCAAAGCUUUGAUUGCAUUAUCACGAGCGGUGGAGCAGGAGAGCAUUCAGAUCACUGAUGGGUUAUCGUUAGUGAAGGAGGGCGACGCUCCCUCAGCAGUAGCAGAGCCACGUUUCUUUCCAGGAAUGACGAAAGAGGAGAAAAUCGACUCUAUGCUGCGCACUAAAUUCGAGCAGUUAAUGAACACUCAUACAGUUUCUCUUGAUCUUGCUACGGAAGGCAGAGGUAGAGGUAAAAAGGUCCUGCCUUAUUUGCUCCUCGGUAUCUUUUCUACCAUGAGCAUAUUCGGAGGCAUGGCAUUGAAGACCCUAGCCGCUAUCGCAGGCAAAGCCCUUAUCGCCAGUAAAGUGGCUUUGACAAUUGCAGGCAUUAUUGCCCUCAAGAAAUUGUUCAGUCAUGAGACGCCCACUGAAACGACGUUCCAAGUUCACGCAGACGGACACCAUAGUAUUUAAUUCAAAGGCGGAAUCUGUAUGUGGUGAGACCAGUGAGCCCAAGUGCGGUGGACCCUUAUCAUUAUGCUAAACCGACACUCGCUAAAGCUUAGUAUGUCAUCGUCUGAAGCAAGUUGAUGAUAUCUACGACUGGCUCACUCGACCACCGCGACACAGCCACACAAAAUACCCUCAAACCAAAGCAACGCUCCCAUCGCGGACAACUCUUUCAGAAUGCUCUUUCGUUGAUAAGAAACUCAAUUUAUUUCAAUAAAUUAUUUGAUGUAAUUUAUUUAUUUGUGACCACGGCAUGUAAUUAUUAUGUUUAAUUUAUUGAAGUGAUGUAAGAUACGAAAAUAAAAAUGUCACAGUCA